AGAGGGCGCUGCUGCCUCUCUGAAACCACGGAUCGAGUUGGAAAGGUCAGAGUUCAUCAGAAACAUGGCGGCUCCCUUGGAUGACAUGUUUUCUCUGUGCGUGGACGCCGGUAAAACCGUCAGCAGCGUUGAAGUCAGAUUUAUAGACAAUCUAAAGGGUAAAGGUCUCUUUGCCAAACACAGCAUCAAGAAAGGAGACAUCAUUUUCACGGAGCGCCCCCUGGUGUCUGCGCAGUUCCUGUGGAAUUCUUUAUACAAGUACAAAGCCUGCGAUUACUGCUUACGUGCUUUGGAGACGGCGGAGGAGAACGCCAGGAGACUCAGCGGGAACCCCGCUCUCAUCCUUCCCCACCCUGAGCUGUGCCGCGUUCGCCCCGAGCUGCACCAAGCCUGCCCUCAGUGUCAGGUCCUGUACUGCAGCAGCGAGUGCCGACAGGCCGCGGCAGAUCAGUACCAUCGCGUUCUGUGUCUGGGUCCGUCUCAGGAGGAUCCAGAUCACCCCAUCAACAAGCUUAAAGAUGCAUGGAGGAGCAUGCAUUACCCCCCAGAGACCUCCAGCAUCAUGCUUAUGGCCAGAAUGGUAGCUGUAGUCAAGCAGGCUAAAGACAAAGCGCGCUGGCAGAAGCUGUUUUCCCACUUCUGCAGCCGGACUGCGAACGAGGAGGAGGAGAUCGCUCACAAGCUGCUGGGAGAGCAGUUCAGGGGGCAGUUGGCCUUGUUACAAAGUCUUUUUAGCGCAGCGCUUUAUGAUGACCAUCUCAACCGGUGGUUUCUUCCUGAGGGUUUCCGCUCUCUUUUCGCGCUGGUGGGAACAAAUGGACAAGGCAUCGGCACCAGUUCCUUGAGUCAGUGGGUUCAUGCCUGCGAUGCGCUGGAGCUUCCCGCCCAGCAGAGGGAGCACUUGGACUCUUUUAUCGACCAGCUGUACAAGGACAUUGAGAAAGAAACGGGAGAUUUCCUGAACUGUGAGGGCUCUGGACUUUAUCUGCUCCAAAGCUCUUGUAACCACAGCUGCGUGCCAAACGCAGAGGCCUCAUUCCCCGAAAACAAUUUCCUGCUCCACCUCUGCGCCCUCAGUGACAUCAACCCAGGAGAGGAGAUCUGCAUCAGCUACCUGGACUGCUGUCAGCGGGACCGAAGCCGACACAGCAGGCACAAAAUCUUGAGGGAGAACUACCUGUUUGCCUGUGCGUGCGUGAAGUGCGAGGCUCAGGCGGACGAGCUGGACGUGACAUCUGAGGAGGAAGAGGAAGAGGAGGGCGAGGCAGAGGGCGAGACAGAGGGGGACGAGAUGGAAGAAGAGAUGACAGAUGUUUAAUGAAAGCCCGGCGCAUCUCAAGAGGUUUUUUGCAGAUAUGAAGCCAACAGGAACAAAAGAGCACUUCCAAAGACCCAAACGUGGCCAGAGCCGCCCCGGCGUCUGGGCCAAGUCCUGCCAGCAGCACGCCUCACUCCUGCUUUGUUUUAGAGAUCAGACGCCGACAUGAAGCACGAGCCGUGGACUAAUGCUUUGGAUGCUCCACAAGUUUGGAGGCUUUUACUGUUUGUCCACAAACAAAUACAUAAAUAAAAACUUUGC